AUGGUCUAUGCAGUCCCCGAGACAGGAAUCGGAUUCGACAGCUUGCUACAACUAGUAAACUUGAGAGAAGCUGUUACACAGCAGCACUCAAUGGCGGAUCUACGGAUGAUUGCUAAGCGGGGAGAGGAUGAAGUUGAUGGGAGUACAGUACAGAACACAGCAGAACAAGGGUGGCAUUACUUGCAGCGGCAAGCUGCAUUAGACAUGGCUGAUCCUUUGGCUGUCCUCGUGCCACUUAAUGCAGCACAGAUGGGAAACAGGCAAAACCUGAAGGGGAAGAGGAUGCUCAGGGUGAGCGUGAACCUGAGGUAUGGUAACCUCCUGGUUCUGAGUGCUGCAUAUGAAGGCGGGGGAGGCGCAGACCGAGAGACGGCAGUAUCCCGAGGUUAA